UAAAGCGAAAAUAUCCAACCAGUGCGGUCAGUUCGACAAUCACUUCUGUCCAUCAACUUCAUAUUUUUCUCAUCAUUUAUCACCGAGACUGAAACAAAUUCAAGGCGAACGCUUUCAACGUCGUCGACGGGGAAUACGUGUACGACGGAAUUUUAGAGGGUAAUUGGUCCCCGCCUUAUGACGACGGGGUUUCCCCUUCAGCCUGGACCGGCAGCAUUCCGAUUCUGGAGCAGUACCUGGAGACCGGUGGAGAACGUGUAAAAUACGGCCAGUGCUGGGUAUUCGCUGGAGUUGUGACGACGAUCUGUCGUGCCCUGGGAUUGCCCUCUCGAGUCGUCACCAACGUGGUAUCAGCCCACGAUGCGAAUGGCUCCCUAUCCCUGGACGUUCACUUCGAUGCCGAGAUGAAUCGUCUGGACGUCGAUCCCGAGACCGGAGGACCUGCUGAUUCCAUCUGGAAUUAUCACGUGUGGAAUGACGUAUGGAUGUCUCGUCCUGAUUUACCAAGGGGUUACGGAGGGUGGCAGGCUAUCGAUGGAACACCCCAGGAACAGUCAGAGGGAUUGUAUCGGUGUGGGCCAGCUUCUGUUGAAGCUAUUCGUCAGGGUGUCACUGGGUGCAACUACGAUAUUCCUUUCUUGAUCGCUAGUGUCAAUGCUGAUCAGAUCCGUUGGCUCGAAGAUCCUAAUUCCAUCAUUGGAUGGAGAAAAAUCGACACGAACACCCGACACAUCGGACGCAUGAUAUUGACGAAGAAACCGUGGAUCUUCGAUCCCAAUGGAGAUAGAGACAGAGAGGACAUCACACACGAGUACAAAUCGCCUGAAGGUACAGUAAAUAAUAAAUUAAACAUUUUCAACUCUUCCCAACUGAUUUACGAUUGUAGUAACAAUGAAAUUCCAAUUUGUCACAAUAAUUUAUUGCUUGUCUAUCAGAACAAAACAAAUAUCAAUGACUUUAGUUCAACAUUUGGCUACAGAAAAAAAUUCUUGAUUGAGAUAAAUUUUCUAUUUCAAUUACUGGUCUGGUAA